AUUGGUCCCAACAUUGGGGGUCCAGUGUAUAAAAAGCCCCAGAACAGAAGGGCUCAUCAGAAUCUGAGAAACUCAGCUCUGAGCCAGAGUCCACCCUCCACCACUGACACAAUGACCCACUCGUGCUGCUCCCCGUGCUGUCAGCCCACCUGCUGCAGGACCACUUGCUGUGAGUCCAGCUGCUGCAAGCCCUGCUGCCCCCCAACUUGCUGGCAAACCACCUGCUGCAGACCUACUUGUGUGACCACCUGCUGCCAGCCCAGCUGUUGCAGCAAACCCUGCUGUCAGCCCACCUGCUGUGAGUCCAUCUGCUGCAAGCCCUCCUGCCCCUCAACUUGCUAUCAAACUAGUGAAACCACCUGCUGUAGGACCACCUGCUGCAAGCCUACUUGUGUGACCACCUGCUGUCAGCCCACCUGCUGUGGGUCCAGCAGCUGUGGACAAACCUUCAGUGGGUCCAGCUGCGGCCACUCUUGCUGCCAGCCAGCUUGCUGUGCACCUGUGUACUGCCGCAGAAUCUGCUACCACCCCACGUGCUGCUGCCUGCCUGGGUGCCAAGCCCAGGAAUGUGGAUCCAGCUACUGCCAGCCUUCCUGUUGCUGAUCACUUCACCAAAGUCUCCCCAUCCCCACACAACAUCAUUUGUUAACUAGCUCGCUAUUGUGUGGACAAAAUCACUUCCUAGACUUUGCCGACAACUGCCAUGUUCUACCAGAAUUUCUGUUACUCAUCUGCUGUUUAAAAGCUUGUGAGUCACCUGAAUGGAGUGAAAAGGGGUUCCCCCUAUCUCUUCCUUCCCUGUAUGGGGAUAAUAUAUCAACUUCAUGCAUCCUUGAUAAGGAGUUUGUCAAGGUAUUAAUGCUGAUGUCAGGAUCUACUUCCUAGUCAUUCUAAAUAAUUUAUGAAAACAAAUCCUCAUAACAUUUUCAUAGGUUUCUGCAACUGACCAUAAUCUUCAUAAACAUAUUUUCUUUAUCGGUGUACUCAGGGAUCCUGUAACUUGCUUUCUUCCUUAAGACCACUUUGUGUUGUCUUCCUAGAUGCAGGAGUCUUACAUAUGUGUUUCUUAAUACAUUCUAUUCCACAAUUCA